AUUUUGCAGGGCUUGGCAUAGAACUUUUCUAUCCAAUCCAUUUGUUUGUGAAUGAGACUUCAUUAAGAAGGGCAAACCCAGGAUCGUGAUGGGACCUCUGCUACUUAAACUGCUUUUACAAGGUGUUCUGCUGAAUGAUGCUUUGGCAUGGUAUGUGAGAAUGCCAUUGGAAAUUCGUGGCCUCAAAGGUUCCUGUCUGGUUAUACCAUGUUCUUUCAGCUACGCAUCAUACCCACCCAAAAACCCACAUAGAGUUGUGUGGUAUCAGUGGGUCUCUAUAGGUUAUCCUUUAGUUUAUGAUCCAUGGUAUCCAAAUGAUGUCAUUGAGAAGUUCAGAUGGAAAACUAGUUUAUAUGGUGAUCCAUCAAGUUGGGAUUGCAGUCUGCUGAUCAAAAACCUUGAACUGUCCCACCAUGGAGAGAAAUUAUACACAUGGAUUGACCCUGAAAAUGUUGGAAGGUUCACCUACAAAUUUUAUGACGUCACCUCUACUAUUGUUGUUGACACACAGCCACAUCAGCCCAGCAUUUAUAUUUAUGGAGGUGAAAGGACGGGUGACACAGUCACAGUAGCAUGUUCAGCUUCCCACACGUGUCCAUACAGCAAACCAACAAUCACUCUGAGCGGUAUAGAAGGAACUGACGAAAUCAAGGAUGAGUCUAAAGACAGUCUGUGGAAAAUCACUCUGAUACGCACAGGUGUCUUAAAGGCAGAGCGCUCGACUAUUAAGUGUUCAGUAACACAUUAUGGUGGCAUAACAGUGACAGCUACAGAGGACAAAAGUGCAGAAUGUGCUCAUCAUAAAAUAACGAUUGAGCCUGAACUGGCAGAUGUCACAGAGGGCGUCGCAAAGAACUUCAUUUGUAGCGUCUACCAUUCCUGCCAGAAAGAGAAUCCAACCAUCACAUGGAACUAUGAGAACAUGCAGGUCACAACGGGGAACAAAAAACUCUCUGGUUUAGAUCAGAUCAGCUAUUCCAACAUAACCUUUCUGGCUGAAAAAGAGGACAAUAAAAAGAAACUGAUUUGCACCGCAAAAUUUUCUGGAGCAGACUUUAAAGCAUCUGUUGUUUUACGUGUGCAACAGUAUCAAAAACCCGCAAGUCCAAUGCAGAAUGAAACCUAUUUCCAACACGUGGCAGAUGUGAUACCCAAGAUCACUGCGUUGCCUCAUUCGUGUGUGGUAAUACCGUGCAGUUUCAAGAUGGAGGAGGAAUAUGUCACUCGACUUCGGGUUCUUUGGGUCACCAAAAAAGGUGGCUACAUGUUCCACACCGACCCAGUCAAUGUCUUGGACAACUUCAAAGGCCGCACAAGGCUCCUCGGAAACCCGGAUGAGCAGAACUGUACUGUGGAGAUGGAUAAUGUGCAAACUCAUGACAACGGGCCGUUCUGCUUCCGAGCAGAGAGAGAAAAUGAGAGAUACAGCUUCAACAACAGCUGUGUGUUCAUUAUAAUGCGGGCAUCUCCCGACAAACCUGUGAUGUCAUCCCUCCCUGAAGACAUCGGAAGGACAUCUGGGAAGAUCGCGUUCACUAAUUGCUGCAUAGCCAUGACACAAUAG